CUCCACUAGGGAGCUGUGGAUCCUUUGGAGCCAAGGACUCGAACAGACAUGCGAGACCUCUACCAACUGAAGGUUUCGUGAGCACACUCCUUUGCCAGGAUCUUGGUGAAUAGUCUUUCACUGUGCAGUUGUAUCUUAGAAAUUGUUUUACAUUUGAUCAUGAUUGUGCUUGGCUGGAUGUUUUUUGUUGGACUUGCAUGUUACAUGGGCACGUUUCCAGAGUCGAUGCCUCCAACUCUGAAGUGGCAGGAGAGGUGGCCUGUUCAGGAGAGCAAGACACAACUGAGGAGGCAGGCUUUAGAUGAAGAUCUGCCGCAGAACCAUGUGGAAGGGAUAUAAAUAUCCCCCAGGAGGGACCCCAGUGGAAGUAAGCAAGGAUGAUCCUGGUGAAGUAAUGCAGCUCUGAAGCUCACCUGACCAGCUGUACAGUUCCUGUUGUUGGUUUCGCAUAAAGUAAUUGCACAUUA